AUGGAACCUACUUUUCCUCUAUUUCGACUUCCUGAAAAUGCUAUCGUUCACGUGCUCAAAAACAUGGAUCCCAAUCAACUAUUGAUCAUCUCCCUUGUCUCAUUGAAAUCUAAAAACCUUGUGACAUCAUUAGAAUUAGGAGCUCGUUGUGUUUUCAUCGACAUUUCUUGGAAGUUUAGUAUAUGUUUGGCCAUCGGAGGACCCAUUUUUGCUUUUGACUUCUAUAACGACUUGAAUGGCCAGAAUGAGCACGUAGAUAUAACUCUCCCAGUUGCUGCUCAUGUUAGAUUUGAAGGUCCAACAAUUCAGUCAUCCACUCUAUUCAAUAUUAGCGAUUGGAUGAAUCACAUUCGAACAGUAUUCUGCUAUACCAAACCACUAAAAGUUAAUUUUUUCGAAGGCUGUGAGAGAUUUGAGGUUCAAUCGUUAAAAAAUACAAUUGGAAAUGUUGAUUUUCUCUCUGUGGCUAGAGAAGUAACUGAUGUUUGUACCAAGGAAGUUUUAAAACAUUUCAAUGCACCCAACGAGGUAUCUCUGGACAGGAAUCCAUUCGACGAAGCCUGUGAAAUUCAAAAAUUCUUUAUUCAAAACUACAAAGUAUUCACAUUUUAUGAUAUAUACUCAUUGGAUGACAUGUUAUUGGCCAACAGUGAAAAAGUCUACUUCUACCAUCCAACAACCCAAAACCAAAUCAACCAAUUCCUCAAACACUGGAUCCAUGGGUCUAAUCCAAGAAUGCAACAGAUAUUUCUAUCAAUCGAUAACACCAAUAAUUCCGUGAGGAGAGAAGUUCUUCUGAGAGGAAUUCAUUGUGUUGAUGAAGAAGAACAACAAAAAAUCUGUCAAAAUCACGGCUUUGUCAGUGAUGAUAAUAUGGUGGCGAUCAGACGGAACGACAGAACACCUGCAGUGAUUGUGAUGAACGAAACACAGCCUCUUUUCAAUGUCCUUUUGGUUGUUUUGUACUAA